UCAAGAGUCAACACCAGCUUACUCUUUCUCUCCUCUUGAAUCUCUCUCUGUUUCUCUCUCUCCGUCCUGCCAUGGAAGAUCAACCACCAAGCUCUCAGAAAACCCCCAAAACCUACACCAUAACCGCCUCUUCAAUCUCCUACACCAAAUCCACCAUUUCCACCGCCAUCGUCUUCGAGCCCUGUACCACCGCUCCUCCGACCUACAUCCUCAAAAAUGUCUCCCUCACCGCCAACCCAUCUGAAAUCCUGGCUGUCGUCGGCCCAAGCGGCGCCGGAAAAUCAACUCUCCUCGACAUCUUAGCCGCAAGAACAUGCCCUUCAACGGGAAACCUGUUCCUCAACAACUCCCCUCUCAAUCCCUCCUCAUUCCGCAAACUAUCCGCCUAUGUUCCUCAACACGACGCCUGUCUUCCUCUUUUAACCGUCUCUGAAACAUUCGCUUUCUCCGCCAGCCUUCUAAACCCCAAAACUGAUAACAUCGGAGCCAUUGUCGGUUCCCUUCUUAAAGAACUUAGGCUGACUCAUUUGGCUCACACCAGGCUAGCCGAUGGUCUCUCCGGCGGCGAACGUAGACGGGUUUCUAUUGGCCUUAGCCUGUUGCAUGAUCCUGCUGUCCUGAUUCUAGACGAACCCACCUCAGGUCUUGACAGUACGUCGGCGUUUAACGUUAUACAGACUCUCCGUUUAAUCGCGAGCUCGAAACAGAGGACGGUUAUCUUGUCUAUACAUCAGCCGAGUUUCAAGAUUCUAUCGAUUAUUGAUAGGAUACUUUUGAUGUCGAAAGGGGGUGUUGUUCAUCAUGGAACUCUGUUUUCACUUGAGGAAUUCUUGCUUUCUAAGGGCUUCACUGUCCCUCCUCAGCUCAAUUCGCUUGAAUACGCCAUGGAAUUACUGAAUCAGCUCGAUUAUGAUCAACAACCCGUUUCGGGGACUAACGAAUUGGUACCAUCUUCUUCGAAUCAUCCGAAAGAGUCGAGAUCGAUGAGAACCAGAUACAAAAGUUCAAGAUUCCACGAAAUAGCGAUGCUUUACAACAGGUUUUGGAAAAUCAUCUAUAGAACUAAACAGUUACUUUUGACCAACACAUUGCAGGCGCUGGUAGUGGGUUUGGUUCUCGGCACGAUUUACAUAAACAUUGGAUACGGGAAAAAAGGAAUUGAAAAAAGAUUCGGGCUUUUCGCUUUCACUCUGACAUUCCUCCUCUCAUCUACAACCGAAACCCUACCAAUCUUCCUUAGCGAGAGGCCAAUUCUUCUCAGAGAAACCUCAAGCGGUGUUUACAGGCUAUCAUCAUAUCUAAUCGCAAACACCCUUGUUUUCUUACCAUACCUGUUAGCGAUCGCGAUGGUUUACUCCUUUUCUCUUUACUUCUUGGUUGGCCUCUGUUUUUCAUGGAACGCAUUCGGAUUCUUCACUCUGGUGAUAUGGGUCAUCGUGUUGAUGGCGAAUUCAUUCGUUCUGUUCUUGAGCUCUGUCGCUCCUAACUUCAUCGCCGGAACUUCACUGGUGACAAUACUCCUGGGAAGCUUCUUUCUCUUCUCCGGCUACUUCAUAUCGACGCAUUCCUUACCAAAGUACUGGCUUUUCAUGCAUUAUCUGUCAAUGUAUAAAUACGCGCUGGAUGCUCUACUGAUUAACGAGUAUUCAUGUCUGGCGUCGAGAUGUCUGAUCUGGGUUGAUACCGAGAAGAAGGUGUGUUCGAUGAACGGAAGAGAUGUGCUGGAAAAGAGAGGGCUUCAUAUGGGAGAGAGGUGGAAUAACGUCUAUAUCUUGAUUGGGUUCUUCAUGUUUUAUCGAGUGCUCUGUUUGCUGGUUCUAAUUAGAAGAAUCUCCAGAUCGAAGAAGUAGAAAAUAUCAAUCUUGGGAAUAAGACAAUGCAUGAUUUUCAUGUUCAUAUUAAUAAGUUAAUAAGGUCAUUUUCAUUGCUAAAAAUUCAAUCUUUUUAAUUUUAUUUUCUUGUAUAUAUAAGUUUAUGUACGUAAUUUCAUGUUC